AUGCCGCUGUUUCGUGAAAACCCUGUUCGUUCGACCAUAGCAGUUAUUGGAUCCCUUUCCUUGGCUCAUAUGCUCACGAAGUUGUUAUCUUCGUCUUACGCGUUCCAUCUGACGCAAACGACGAUAGCGAUGCUCUCGAUAGCAGCUUUAAUGUUUCUGGUUUCUUUUCACCACCGCCGAGAGGGGCAUGUUCUAACACAGACCCAAGAAGAGAUGGUCUUGAUUGGGGGCUUCGGGUUAUUUUGGUUAGCAAUGAUACUAGGCUGGAGAGCAUUUUCGCAUGGGGGAAGAAUUUCCGGAGGGUCAGACUACAGUUUUAGAGGGCAUGAGUCGCCUAGCCAGGCAUCAAUGAGUGGACAACGUGGGGAUGUAGGAGAAGGGCGAAAUUUCCCAUAUAGGUGUUCAAGAGAUGAUAUCUAUUGCGUCGUGGAAGAAUAUUCAUAUUAUUGA